AUGAAUCUCACGCGUGCAGACCUUGAGCAACAUAAUAGUCGAAAGUCCUGUUGGGUAGCUAUCCAUGGGGUAGUCUACGAUGUGACAGAUUUUUUGGAUUCACACCCUGGUGGCGCCAGAGUGAUUCUUCGAUGUGCAGGAAAAGACGCGACAUCCGAUUUCGACUCAGUUCACUCCCCCGAACUCUUGAAUGAAGCGCUCCCACCGACAGCUCUCCAAGGCCGCAUUGAUCCUGCCGAGCUGUGCGACCCCAAUGACUCCGCAAACUCCUCCAACGGUGCGAAAUCAGACGUCAAGAAUGAAGGUCCACCGCGAUUAAGCACCCUGAUUAAUCUCCAUGACUUCGAAAAAGUCGCCCAAAAAUACCUACCAGCCAAUGCUUGGGCCUAUUACGCCUCAGGAGCUGAUGAUGAGAUCAGCAAAAAGAAUAACGCUCGAGCAUAUCAAAAAGUCUCACUGCGCCCACGAAUUUUGCGCAACAUCGCGGCAGUGGAUACAAGGACAUCAAUUCUCGGUCAUUCUGUUUCCUUGCCCGUGUACCUGUCUCCAACUGGCAUUGCUAAGUUUGCGGAUCCGCAGGGAGAAUUGGCCUUAGCAGCUGCGGCCGGAAAAGAAGGGCUCGUGCAGGUACUUGCAAAUAUGGCUAGCUAUCCCAUUGAGCAGGUAGCAGAGGCCCGUCUCUCUUCCGACCAGCCUUUGUUUGCUCAACUGUAUGUCAACCGAGACAUCGAUAAAUCAGUUGAAUUCGUGAAGCGAGCUGUAAAAGCGGGCGCUCAAUCGAUUUGGAUCACGGUCGACUCUCCUGUUGUUGGUAAGCGGGAAAUGGAUGAAAGGCUUAACUUGAGCUUCAUGGCAAAUGACAGCGAUGAAGAAGGACAAGGUGUUGCAAAGACAGCAGCAAGCUCUAUAUCUCCAUUCAUUGAUUGGAGCAUACUUUCUUGGCUGCGAAAUUUGACAGACUUGCCAGUGGUGAUCAAGGGUAUUCAGUGUGUUGAAGAUGCGGUAAUUGCCUACGAGUCUGGCGUCCAGGGCAUAUGCCUAUCGAAUCACGGAGGCCGCUCCCAAGAUACGGCUCAAUCACCACUGCUCACGUUGCUGGAGAUUCGCAAAUUCGCUCCCUUCUUGAUAAACAGCAAGAUGCAAAUCUUCAUCGACGGUGGUAUUCGCCGGGGUACUGAUGUUCUCAAAGCAAUUGCUCUAGGCGCGACUGCAGUGGGCCUGGGUCGGCCUUUUCUGUUCAGUCUCUCGGCGGGUUAUGGUGAAGCUGGAGUGCGGCGAAUGGUGAAAAUCUUGCGACAUGAAAUUGAGUCCAAUAUGACUUUUCUGGGAGCAACUAGUCUCAGCGAGCUUUGCCCUGAGAUGGUGAACGCUAGUCGGUUGGAGCGAGAAUUAAUUGGUAGUGUGAAAUUAUGA